AUAUAUGAAACGUUUUUUAACGUCUGCUGAAAAUAACUGAAUUUUCCAAAAAUAAUUGGAAUAAGAUUAUGUUUUCAUGGAAGUUUAGAGCAACCAGUCUACAUAAAUUUCUGGAGGAGAUAUACUAGACAUAUCAGGGAGGAAAAUAGAAUUUCAUCCUCUGUUAGAUGAAUUUUGCUGCUGCUGCAGGUUGGGUUUCCUUCUCCCCUCCUAUGUGAGUGGGUUACAGCAUGGCUUCAGAACUAUUAGCAGACCCUUUCCACAUGAUGUGCAAUUCUCCUGCUCCUGAGCCAACAAAAUCUGGCAAGAAAUCGUGGUUGGAAUUGCGCAAAGCUGUCCGAGAUACACGUAAAGUUAUCACUAGCCUUGCCAGUAGUGUGCCAUCACAGUUUGUAUUCCGGAAAAUUCACACUGAUACUGGUACUCUAACUCGAUUGUAUUUUCUUGGAGUACCUGCAAAAAGUCGUGAGAACACCUUUCUUUAUGUUGACAUUCCUGAAGAAUCUGUAGAACCAGUUCCUUACUUGACAUGGAAGCAACUUCUACAUCCAUUCCAGAUGAUGCCUCUCUCAGGACAUAUGUCCAAACAAGAACAGCUACUGCGAGAACGGAAAAGGCUUGGUGUUGUUGGUAUCACUUAUUUUGACUUUGUUGAAAAGGAAGGCAAAUUUGUGUUUCCUGCUCACAAUAGUAUGUUUUUUUGCAAAGAUGAUGACAUCAAUAAUGAUGAAGCACUCUUUCCUGAAGUUGUAUGUACUUCCUCUUACCAAACCUGCCUUAACCCCAUGUUUUGCCCUUCAAAUUCUGAUUUGGUGGCAUUUGUACUCGAUGGAGACAUAUCUGUCAUGCACCUCACAAGUCGUUGUCAGAGAAGGCUCACACAUGUUCAUAAAGGUACUGGAAAUCUCAGUGAUGAUCCUAUUAGUGCUGGAGAGCCUUCAUUUGUGAUUCAAGAAGAAUUUGAUCGAUUCACUGGUUAUUGGUGGCAACCUGUAAAAAAAUAUUUAGAAAAUGGACAUGAGACUUACAACAUUUUAUUUGAAGAAGUAGAUGAAACUCGAGUGGAUAUUUUGCACACAUUUGCUCCCACCACAGAUAAUAAACAGAUGGACAUGUACCGCUAUCCUCGAGCAGGUACAGAUAAUGCUGAAAGUACUCUCAAAAUUGUAGAAUUUGCAGUAAAUUCAAAAGGCCAAAUAUCAGAGAAUUCUGAAAUCAAAACCAUGCGUACGUCUCUGAAAACGUUUUUCCCUUGGAUGGAGUAUUUAGUGAGAGCUGAUUGGACCCCUGAUGGCAAAUAUGUAUAUGCAGAACUACUUUCACGGCAGCAAGACAGAUUAGCACUUGUUCUCAUCCCGGAAGAUUGCUUUGUUUAUGAAUCCCAUGAGAUGGAUAUAUCUACAUUAAUGUCAAGGAUUCAUGUACUUGUGGAAGAUCAAUCAGAUAUUUGGGUUAAUGUACACAAUUUAUUACACUUUUUCCCUCAAGAAAAAGAUGAUGAAAUUAUGUUCCUCUGGUCUAGUGAAAAAACUGACUUCCGCCAUUUGUAUUUAAUUAAAUCUCGGCUACAACACAUGACUGAAUCUGUUAUUGAUUUUGAAAGAUGUACUUUUGAUGAAUAUUUCAAACCUAACAUAAUUUUUGAGGUGACAUUAACUUCUGGAGAAUGGGAAGUUUUACCGAAAGAGUUUUUUGUUGAUGAAGAAAAAGGACGAGUUUAUUUUACUGGCCUCAAGGAUACAGUAUUGGAACCUCAUUUGUAUGUUGUAUCUUAUUUGUAUCCUGCUGAACCAAUCAGGCUAACUGAGUUAGGUUUUUCUCAUUAUGUGUCUUUCAAUAAUGAUUGUUCAAUGUUUGUAACUGUGUACAGUAGUUUGGAAUGCCCCCCACGAUGCUGUGUUCGCAGACUAACGGAAUUCAAUGAACAACUUUCUUCUGAGCCUUUAGGACACCUCAUCAAACCCAUGGAUGAAUCUGAAUACCAACCUCCAAUUCUGUUUGAUUUCAUGACUGAAGAUGGCUGUCAGCUGUAUGGGAUGUGUUACAAACCUUACAAUAUGGAACCCGGAGUAAAAUAUCCAACAGUAUUGUUUGUAUAUGGUGGUCCACAGGUGCAACUGGUGAAUAACUCCUUUAAAGGUCUCAAGUUUCUCCGUUUACAUACAUUAGCCACUCAGGGAUAUUCAGUUGUUCUUAUAGACGGACGAGGAUCCUGUCAUCGAGGCCUCAAGUUUGAAAGUCAUAUAAAUGGCUGUUUGGGUAAUGUUGAAUUAGAGGACCAAGUAGCAGGAUUGCAUUGGCUUUCGUCACACGUGGACUUCAUUGACUUGAACAGAGUAGCCAUUCAUGGCUGGUCUUAUGGUGGAUACUUAUCACUGAUGGGACUUGCACAGAAGUCAAAUAUUUUCAAGCUAGCCAUAGCUGGAGCUCCUGUUGUCAACUGGCGCCUUUAUGAUACAGGCUACACUGAACGAUACAUGAAUCUUCCCAAUAUCAAUCCUUCUGGUUACAAUGAAGGAUCUGUACUUUUUUAUAUUGAUAUGUUCCCUGAUGAAGAAAAUCGCUUGCUAAUCAUUCAUGGCUUAUUAGAUGAAAACGUCCACUUCCACCACACAAACUGCUUAGUUAAUGAAUUGAUACGGUCUUGUAAACCAUACAGGUUACAGGUCUAUCCAAAUGAGCGCCAUGGAAUACGUAACCAUGAUGCAAGUGAACAUUACAAGACAAUGGUGCUCAGUUUCUUACAGGCACAUUUGUGAAGCCCUCUGCUGACUUAUUUUUUACCAACAACAUUAAUAAGGAGAAUGGUUUAUGAAGCUGAUGGCAGUGUCUCUUCUCUCACUUAUCUUGAAACAGUGCUCCAGUGAAUUUUUGUAUCAAAAUUAAAAAACAAAAACAAAAAGACAUCUGACAAAAAACAAGGAAAAUUUGAAAAAUUUAUGAAACCCUUGACCUGUAUAGCUGUAAUGGUACUUGGUUUGCCUGCCAUCUAGACUAACUUUGAGCUUCUCUAUUGUCAUGGCUUAUUUACCUGAGGCUGUUUGAAAUUUCCAUUCCUCCACCCUAUUUAUUUCUACCAUUAAAGUUAUCUCCCCUACUUUAAAAGAAAGCAACCUUAUGUUCUUCUUUUCUGUCUUUCUGUAGUUGCCCCCAUGUUUGACCAGUUUUUCCACACUGUUUGUAUGGAACCAACAGCACACAACAUACUAAACAACUACAAAUCUAGGUUAUCCACUUUUCUUCUGACACUAUUCAAAAGAAAGACAAAAUAAGCGGGGGAAAAAAGCUUUUUUUUUAAAAAAAAAAACAAAGUUUGAAACAAAUAAAAAUGGAAAAAAAAAACCAAACUAUGAAAAAGCAAAUGUGGAAAUUUAUCUGACAAUUGAGACUAUAUCAUGUGUGUGUGUGUGUGAUAUGUUUCCACUCAAAGCAACCCUCAUUCUUGCUAAGCUUGAACAAAUGAAUACAAGGAUUCUGUUUGUCUUUCGUUGUUUUAUCAUACAACCCUGAUUUCAUUAAUUUCUUUUUUGUAUGUGUUUAUGUGUGUGUGUGUGUGUGUGUGUGUGUGUGUGUAUGUGUAUGUAUGUAUGUGUGUGUAUAUAUAUGCGUCUUUUACAUUGAAGUAUCUACUCACCAUUUUUAUAAUUUCCCCUUUUUUUUUUGUAUUGUAGCUAUGGUGGUAGUUAUUUUCUAAUGUGAAAUGAUAAUAGGAUUAACUUUUGGAUAAAUCCUACUUCUGAAUGUCUUCAUUUCUUUUCUUUCUUUUCACUCUGACGCCUUAUUUAAGAAUUUUUUUUUUUUAUCUUCUCCCUUAAAAGAAGCUGUUACUCUACCAAGAAAACUUAUUAUUACAUCAGUUCUACAUUCCUCAAAUCUCUUCAGGUGCUCUCGUUUCGUUAUUUCCUUUUCCCUCAUCAUGAGUAAAUACUGAUGCUCUGACCAACCAAAUGUUUUUCAAUAGCUUGUGUUCUAUAGACUUCUUCCAAUCCAAAAGCAUUUUCGAUUUUUGGGGUAUUUUAUUGGGAGCAUGAUCAAGUAAUGUUAGCAACUACCUAAUAGCUGCUUGAUUGCUUGAAGGCUAGUCAUGUUGUUGUGUCUGUAUAUAUGCAGUACUGAAAUCCAAAAUGGCCAUGAUGUUUCUUUUUAUAUUUCAAAAACUCUUACACUGGUGAUUGUCAUAACAUCUCCGAAUUAUGUGAUUAACUUGUAAAUCAUAGAUUGAGGAAUUUACAAAAAUAACUUAUAAUGCUUUCAUUAUCCAUGAUUUGAGAGAUUGUGAUAUGAUUAUCAUAGAUUUAAUGAAAGUUUGUUUUUAGUUAAUUUUUUUUUUUGUGUGGUUAAACUACUCAGUAUUGAACAAUAUUAACCACACUUAUCAUUGACAGAUAUUCAUUUCCAGCAAAUGUUACAUUUUCUCCCAGCUUGUAAUUUACAAGUGUAUAAUUUCACUGUAAUCACUUGAGCUGACUGCUGACUGAUGUAAUCUAUUUGAUAUCAUCAUAAUGUUUUUAAUCUUAAUUAAUUUCAAGGUGUUUUUAAUAGUAAUAGUCUUGAUAUCUCUAACUCAAGACACCAUUGUAUAUUUCUUUUUCUUUUUUUUUUUUUAAAUAAGUUUUAAAUUAGAGAAUGUGAAGAUAAAUGUCAACCAAAUUGCUUUAUAUUUAAUGCAAAUUUCUUUUGGUUAAGAUCAUUCAUUCUUGAAGAUUGAUUUUAAAAUUAUGGACAAUUGUUUUCCUGCAAUAUAUUGACGUAUCUACUCCCAACACAGAUGACUUAAAGACCUUUGGACUCAUCUAUUCUUUCUUGUAAAAAGGAGCUCCUGUUUUGACUCAAUGCCUAUAGACUUAAUGAGAAGUGACUUAAUCUACAAACUCUUCAGUUCUUAUGAGCUGCAAUUUAAAAAGAGAAAAACAACAAAACAAACUCAGAUAUUUAGAAGACAAA